AUGGGGCCCAAGCCCUCACCCCCAAGCCCUCAUCCCCAGGCCCUCACCCCCAGGCCCCCAGCGUCACCCCCACCCACAGGCCCUCACCGUCACCCCAGGCCCUCACCUCCACCCCCUCACCGUCACCCCAGGCCCUCACCCUCAUACCCACCCCCCCAUCACCCCCACCCCCUCACCGUCACCCCCACCCCCAGGCCCCCCGUCACCCCCACCCCCACCCCCUCACCCCCACCCACAGGCCCUCACCGUCACCCCAGGCCCUCACCCCACCCCUCACCGUCACCCCAGGGCCUCACCAUCACCCCCACCCACAGGCCCUCACCGUCACCCCAGGCCCUCACCAUCCACCCCCCAGGCCCUCAUUGUCACCCCAGGCCCCUCACCCCCACCCCCCAUCACCAUCACCCCAGGCCCUCACCGUCACCCCAGGCCCUCACCAUCACCCCAGGCCCUCACCAUCACCCACCCCAGGCCCAUCACCCCGUCACCAUCACCCCCCACCAUCACCCCCACCAUCAGGCCUUCACUGUCCCCCACCCUCAGGCCCUCACCCCCACCCCCUCACCGUCACCCCCACCAUCACCCCCACCCCAGGGUAGCUCACCAUGA